AUGGAUCCCCCGACAGCGGAGGAGCUGCGGGAGCGGCUCCGCGAGCGGCUCCAGGCUGAGCACGUGGACGUGCAGGACAACCCCCAGCUCUGCCCGGGCAGUUUCCGCGUUUUCGUCGUUUCCGGAAUUUUCCGAGGCCUCAAAACCCUGCAGAGGCACCGGCUCGUUAACGAGGCGCUGGGGGAGGAGCUGGGGCGGAUCCACGCCCUGGAGCAGAAAACGCUGACGCCGGAGCAGUGGGAGGAGCAACAGCGCGGCUCAUUAGCAUAAAUUUGCAUAUUUAAUUAUCACGUUGAUCAGGGCCUUCAAUGGAAGGGGGGUGGAGAAUUUGUGUCUGAUUUGCAUAAAUUU